AUGCUAACCUUUCAUUGCCCGAAUGUAGGCUGUCGUGCUGGAACACAAUGCCCUUUCCACCAUGUUGAACCCAAAGAAGGAUCCAAGUCUACCAAAGUGCAACAUGAGGGUGAACUACCUAAAGCCUCAACCACGUCUUCUGCCGCGGAGGACUUGCAUCUUCCCCAACGGCCAAAGCCCACUGGCUCAAGACCACCUCCCCGUCAAAAGCCAGUAUCACAGCUACAACAAACUGAUCCACGCGAAUUUCAAAUCGGACAGCUCAUGAGGAGAUAUUCACCCACACGCAAAGAUGCCGAAAACGAUACACUCCUAGCUCUUACCAUGACUCCAUCGGACCCAGACUUUCCCUUUGAGCUCGAAGGGCUCCAUUGCACCUUGACAAUUCCUAAUUCAUGGCCUCAGGAAGGCAAACCCUCCUUACGAGUCACCAACACUGAGAUGCCCCGGGGUUAUCAGAUCAAUGUUGAAAAGGGAUAUGAUACUCUGCUGGCGCAAUCUCCGCGUAAAACGCUGUUGGCCUUGAUGAACGAUUUGGACAGAAACCUCGAAAGAUUUUUGACUUCGGAAAAGGCUCAGACUAUCAAAAUCAUGGCGAAUGUCGAAAAGAAAGAGAAACCUUCUCAAGCUAUACCAGAAGUGGUGCCAUUUAUUGCACAAAUACCUGUUGCGCGCGCUCCACCCGCCCCAUCCUGGACUGCGCAGCAAAAGGCCGACGCUCAAACGAAGAGGCAAUCAGAAAUCCGGCAACUCGAAGCUCGUAUGGGUCGACUGCCAAACUUCUCCAAAAAUGCUGAUGCAACUUUCUUCAAUAUUCCGGUACAGAUUCCAAAGCCUGGUAGAUUGCCUGCGGAUCUGCAGCCACUCAAAGAGGUUGCUAUGAGGGUGCCCAAGCUGUAUAACUUGGAGCCCUGCACAGUUCAACUGAAAGGGAUAAGUGGUUCGGAGACGGAAAACGUUCAGUUCUCAUUCGAGAAACAUGCUCGCGAAAACCCGAAUCUGACACUCAUGGCACAUAUCAACCACUUGAUCCAGAAUAUACAUGUCAUGGUGUUGGAAGGGCCCGAAAAAUCAGCACCCCCGCCACCACCCUUGGCGGUCCCUCGGUCCAACUUCGAGCAAGCUAUCAUAGCCGGUGCAGAUGAAGUUGGAAAAGAGGAGGGUAUGGUUUUGGACGAAGAACGUCCUCACGUCAGGCUGGUAUCUCGCCCACCUGAAUGGGAUCAACAUGAUGAUUCGGACGGAUCGUCAGAGACAUCAUACGACUCAGACGACUACACAGAGUCGGAGAGUGAGGAUGAAGAGAAUGAGACCAACGACGGUGGUGGUGCCGCCCUACCUGCCACGUCAGCCCCAGCUGACAAGGGCAUUCAUCUCUCCUUCCCGGACCUAGAAUUGUAUAAUAUCGAACUCUUGACGCUCACCUCACUGUCUAUCUCAGUCAAGUGCCUUCGGUGCAAAACACCACUUGACAUCCACAACAUCAAAGCAAGCAACCAGGCUCAAUCGACCGUGAGCACCCGUACAGAAUCUUGUCCCAAGUGCACCACGCCCUUCACGGUGUCCUUUGCGCCGGAGCACAUGCACGCCAACUCAUCCCGCGCGGGUACCGUCGAUAUCACUGGCUGCACCAUCACCGACCUUCUGCCCAGCGUCUUCCAGCCCACCUGCUCGUCAUGCUCGGCGACCUUCCCAGUCCCGCCGGGCAUGAUAUCGGUGCGCAGUGACAAGCCAAUUCAAGUCUGCCGCUCAUGCCAUGCCAAAAUGAGCUUCACAAUCCCCGAGGUGAAAUUUCUACGAGUAUCGCACCACGCUGCUGCUCUUCCUCUACGUCGUCCCAAGAAGGAGAACCUUGGUAUCUCGGCCGGCACGCCCUUACCAAAUAAAGGCACCUGUCAGCACUAUAGGCACAGUUAUCGAUGGUUCCGUUUCGGAUGCUGCGGGAGAGUAUAUCCGUGCGAUCGGUGUCACGAUGCCGCGGAGUCCCACAUUAACGAGCAUGCUGACCGCAUGGUCUGUGGGUGGUGCAGUCGCGAGCAACGAUUUCGGUCGGAGGACUGUGCGCUUUGUGGGAGGAGUGUGAUGCGGCGGCGCAGAGCGACCGGCGGGUUUUGGGAGGGCGGUCAAGGUACGCGGGAGAAGAGGUUAAUGAGCAGGAAGGACAAGCAUAAGUACAAGCGUCCUCCGGGAAGUGCGGUGGGGAAGAAGGCGGACGGGAAGUGA